GAUUUCUUUUAUCUGUUUGUCCUUGACGAUUGACAGUUACGUCAAAUUUGGCGUUUCUUGUUUCUGUUUAGCUUGAAUGAAAAUUUGUGUUUUUUAUUCGGAAAAAGUCGAACAACAACGGUCGAUAUUAGAGUUGAGCGGUUUUAGGUGAAAAAGAAUGGAAAAUCCAGAAGAAAUACUCCAUAGCCUAGAGCAGUUCUCGAAAUUCAGGCCAAAAGACAUUCCUCGAGAAUUGGAGGAAUAUUUAUGUUUCGUUGCCAAAACUGGUGAUCCUGUUUAUCAAUGGUCAACCGUUAAACAUUUGUUGAGAGAAAAACUUGUAAACGUUGUAACUGAAUUUUAUGAAUCGUGUUCUUUAGUUGAUAUUCAACCAUGCAAAAACGUAGACAAAUUCGACUACGACAUGAUGAAGUCUUUUAUUUUAGAAAAAUUAGAUACAUUUGUAUCUGCCCCAUUCACGGUGCAAAGGAUUUGUGAACUUCUGACAACCCCACGAAAAGAAUAUAAUAGAAUAGAUAAAUUCAUGCGGGCAUUAGAGAAAAAUGUUCUAGUAGUCAGCACUGUGGAACCUGGUAUGAAAAAUGCAGAAAAUGGAGACAGUUUAGUAAAUGGUUUGGAAUCAGACCAUAUACCUGAAUCUAGAAACUGUAGCACUGAAAUUAUUGUUGUAGAAAUGGAAGAAACAACGUGGCAUAAAACAGAUGAGCCUGAACCAAUGCAGUUUCAGAAUGAAGAAGAUUCAUCGGCCACUGAAGUUCAAGAUACUGUUAUGUCUGAAGUUGAAGAAACAGUCAAGGAAUCAGUUGUAGAAACUGCAUGCAGCUCAUCUCAAGAUGCACAGCCAAUGGUAGAAGAACCCAAAGAAAUCGAAACAGAAAAAGUUGAACUGAUGAACACAACUGAAGAAUACUGCAACGAAACUGUUACAUCUGAAGAGGUUAAUGUAGAUGCACCUCAGCCAAUGGAAUCUGAGAAUGAUGUUGUUUCAGAGCCUGUAGCUUCAUCUGAAGUUGUAAACGAGGCCUCAGAGUCGGAAGUGGCGAGUUCUAUCGAUUCUAAGAAUUCUGAUCUCCCUUCUGAAGACUCAAAAACCAAUGAUGAAGCCCCAGAAGAACACCUCAAACAGGCUGAUUCAACAACUAGUUCAAAAUCGCCAAAAGUUAAUGAAGUUCCUACAGAAAACCAACUAGAAUCAAGUACUGUUGAAAUUGAACCAACAUGCAAUGUUCAAGAAGCCCAAAAUGCUGUUGCCAGUUCAGAAAAUGAUAGUACCAAUACGGAUUCAGAUUCAAACCAAAGUUCAGUUUCAACAGAACCUGAUACAGUUAACGAAGCUCAGUUGAGUGAGACUAGUUCAAAUGAAGCUAAGGAUAUAAUUAGCAAUGAAUCUGAAGAAAGUAUAAGCUAUCACGAAGGUUUAAAUUCGACUCAAGCUGAUACAACAAGAGGUUACGAAAAAUCAGAGAACACUUUCCAGAAUAAAAUUGAAGAGAGCAAGGAUGAAGAAAUUUCUUCAUCGGAUAAAGUUGUAGUAGCUGUCCCCAAUACUUCUGUUGAUGACAUAAGCGACGAUGAAGCAGAAGCAGAUAUGCAAAAGAUCGAUGUUAUAGAAGAAACUCAACAAGGAGAUGUCCCGAUCGUCGAAGAAAUGCCAGAAAAUGAUUCUCAAGUGACUGCAAGUAGCGAUGAAGUAACUAAAGACUCCGAAGUGACAUCUUUAGAGAUGGACAGCAAAGACAAGGGAGAUUUCAAUGAAGCAGAAGCCACUCCUGAUUCCAUUUGAGUCUUGCUCAAAUUGUGAGUAAAUUGUGGAUUUAUACUUUGAUCUAAAUUAAUAUGGGGAGUGAAUAUGCUGUAGGGAUUUUUGAAGAAUCACUUUUUAUUUUUAAAACAGCUUUGAGAGAUUGGGAAGACUACUCUGCCAUUUUAUUAUGUUGAAUUUUCAUAUUUAAGACAAAUUGAUCGUCAAAUUUAUACAUUCAAUAAAAUUAUUUGCUAGACUA